AUGCACUUUGCAGCAAGGGAGGCUCGGACAUUCUUGGUGCUUGCGGUGAGACCAGCCAUUUUGGGCACGGUGGGCAGCGAAGAAGUUACAUUGGCAGAUGUCGCGGAGCAAGGUGGCUGCCAAGAGGAGAUUGGCUCGUUUGCCUGGUUCUAUUGUAACGAAAAGGCAUUGCAAGACAUCCCCUUGGAUCUCAAUCCCAUCAGCACCUGUUUGGAGGGGCUCUGGAGUGCGGGCCAUACCACUCCCAAGAUGAGAGGCCUGAGUGGCGCUGUGGGAGAAUCUUGCAGCAGUCACAGCGAUUGCUGUGGUUACUGCAAAUCAUCUGGCCAAUGCACCAACAAAAAAGAAGAUGAAAGCCUCUGUAAUGAUGGCGAGGAGUGCACCAGCUGUUACUGCCUUUCGGCCGUACCCAUCAAUGGGUUCCGAGGCAUAUGCGGCAGUGGUGGCGGCCAAUGUGGAUUUGGUGGGAGCGGCGGUCCCGGCACGGGUCCCACACCCACACCAUGCGGCGGUGGUUGUAGUUUGCUUGGAGGUUGCUCUUCCGGGUGCCGUUGCUCGAUUACAGCCGGACAAGUAACAGGAUUCUGUGUCUAGGCAUACCGUAGCCUGGCUUUUUUUUAGACAUCAAAAUGAGCGGUGCUGUGUUCCUUG